AUGGUGGUGCGCCGCGCAGAUGGGCUGGGACGAGAUGAAUACCACAACCGACCAAUGCCCCGCAACCAAGAAGGCGAAUUUGCCAUCAUUGCGCCAAUGGUGGCUCUAUCCCAGACAAUACGUAGCGUUUCCCUCCUGUACAAUGCCAAGCCUCCCGGUCAUCCCGAAGAUCUCGCCUAUGUCGACCAGCUCGACGGAGACCUGGAUGCGUGGCUGCGAGAGCUACCAGAACAGAUCAGGCCCGGAGCGGGCGUGUCUCGACCACUCAGUGCUCUGCGAGAACCAGAAUGGUGUCGGCGGCAGAGGCUCGUAUUGGAAAUUCGCAAGUUCAACCACUCAAUCCCCAAUGGAGGUAUCGGGCACUAA